ACGCGCAUGUCUGUAAAUGUGUAGGUGUGUGUGUGUGUGUGUGUGUGUGUGCGUGCGUGUGUUUGUGCGUGUGUGUGUAAAGGAGAGAGAGAGAGAGAGAGAGAGAGAGAGAGAGAGAGAGAGAGAGAGAGAGAGAGAGAAAGAGGCUGGCUACCUGAACUGGUUUAGUGUGUGUCCACGCACGCGUGUGUGUGUCGGUGUGUCGGGACAGAAGCUGGAGCUGUGUGUAUCUGAGGUCAGAGAGAAGACGAGCUCCAGCUGUAACAGUUGGUGAGCUGUGACUACCGAGCAAUGAGAACACACUGACACACUGGGAAAGAUGCUCAGCUUGGAGGAGGAGCCCAUCAAAUACGGAGAACUCGUCGUCCUCGGGUGUAAUGGCUCGUUCCCAGGAGGCAGAAGGAAGAGUCGCUUCAGUCUCUACAGACGAAACAAAGCUAAUGGGGUCAAACCAGGAACCGUUCAUCUCCCCUGCAGUCCAGAGGCAGCCAAGGUGAUCAGUAAUAACAAUCAGCACAGCGUCUCUUACACACUGUCAAGCGCUGAGACAGUGGUGGUGGAGUACACAGACGACAAUGAGACUGACAUGUUUCAGAUCGGUAGAUGCAGUGAGAGCCAAAUUGACAUUGUGGUGGCAAACCCACUGGGCCAUAGUAAAGGACACUCUGGUUCCUUCCAGAGCACCAUCUCUCGGUUUGCGUGUCGGAUUGUGUGUGAGCGUUCUCCACCCUACACUGCCCGAGUGUACGCUGCCGGCUUCGACUGCUCCAGGAACAUCUUUCUCGGAGAGAAGGCGGCUAAGUGGCGUUCACUCGGUGGUCAGAUGGACGGUUUGACCACUAAUGGCAUUCUGGUUAUGCGGCCGAAAGGCGAGUUUACUGGCUCGUGUGAGCCUGGAGUGUGGAGAGAGAUCUCCGUCUGUGGCAACGUUCACACACUCCGAAUGACCAGAGCUGCUCAGAGCAAGGGCCAGCAGGUGAUGGAUGAGUCUCAGGUGCUGUUGGACGGAUCUCUGAUUGAUCUGUGUGGUGUGACCCUGCUCUGGCGCUCUGCAGCGGCGCUCUCGCGCUCUCCUGGACCAGAACACUUGGAGGAGCUGAGGGUGAAGCUGAAUGCUGCACGUCCACAUUGUCCUGUCCUGCUGCACACUCUGGCCUUCCCCAGUCUGGACAAACCUGAAUGCCAUCAGCCGCAGCAACCCUGGGCCUACCUGUGCUGCGGCCACGUGCACGGCUUCCACCCGUGGCGGGGCAGAGGGAGAGAAGAGCACGAGGAAGAGAAGGAGGAGAAUGAAGAGGAUUUUGUGAAGGGAGCAAGGGAAAGUGACAAGGACAGGGAGUGCCCUCUGUGUCGGGCUCGAGGCCUGUAUGUGGCGUUGACGCUGGGUCGUGAGUCACGGCUCUGUGUGGACACAGGCCCUCCAUCUUAUGCCUUUGUGCCAUGUGGUCACGUCUGCUCAGAGGCCACUGUAGUGUACUGGAGUAAAACUCCGCUGCCCUGUGGUGCCAGUUCUUUUUACCCAGCUUGCCCCUUCUGCAUGAAGCAGCUAGCACGAGACAGACCCUACGUCAGGCUCAUCUUUCAGGGAGCGCCAGACUGAGCGCCCAUGUAUGUGAUAUGAAUUUGGACAGCUUUCUUCACUGCCUGACCAACUGCUGCUCAAAUCUGAAUGGUAUUGCUCUCACUGCUUCUCUGGCCCUGUCUUAUUUUCCUUCCCGUCUUCCCUCUCUCUCACCACGCUGCCAGAAACUCCCAAUGCUCUUGUGAUGCUCUCAAUGUCUUGAAAUCAGUGAUGUUGGCUCAUGAAGCCUUGCAUCCACUUGUGUAUCUCACAGUCCUUCAGGAAGUCAUAAACCCGUGACAUGAAACAGCACUUUCCAUUCCAAAAGACAACAUUAAGGUGUCGCUGCUGUAGACAGACUGCACUGUUAGCACAGGCGUGUGUAAAUGUUUAUUUAUCUAUCAAUAUAAAUAUAAGUAAGCGACCAAGUAUUUAUCUACUGACCAAUCCCAAGUCCUGCCAAGCUACACAUGGUCCAGCUUCUGAAAAAUUAGCGAGAUGAACCCUGCUGAUGUCAUCCAUACAAAAUGACCCUUGAGGUUCAGAAACUUGAGGUUUAUCAUGUCUUAGAGUGAUAAAAGCUAACAGCUAAUCAAGCUAGCCAUUGGACUAUUUAUUUGUGACAAUCUUAAUGUAAGAUUAGCCUUCUAUUUUGCGAUACGAUUAUAGUUAGCUGGCUAAUUGGAGUUACUCCAAUGUAAUGUUAGCUAGCUAAACUCUCAGUCUGAUUGUUGCUGCUCUCUUGCUAACAUCCUUCUUCUAUUUCAGCUAACAUUUUAAUCACUAGGUUGUAUCUGUCCAAGGGAAAUUAUGGAUGAGUUAUGGAUGAAAUUAAUGAUGGAUAGCAGAGCCGCCAAUCACAUAAGCAAGGGCUUACAAUUGGUCAAAUGUGUAUAUAUAUAUAAAUAAAAUAAAUAAAUUUUGUUUGGACUCACUAAAACAUUCAGCACUGAGUGAUAUACAGGUACAAAUUACAGCCACAUGGUAAGGCUUUGACUGUUAAAGUGAAAAAAUGCUGAUGAAGGGGUGUGUCGAGUGAAAUGUACAGUUUCUUAAAUCUUCUGUGGCAUUUACUCAAGCUGUACAGACACUUUAGUAGACCUGGUCAUCACGGUAUUGUGUUUUGUUCAUUACUACACUCUAUAAAAGGCACUUACUGCUUAAAAAUUCAACAAUCUGUACCUUUGGUGCUUGGACCCUGUCAUCGCUGCUUGCAAUUAUCUUAUUUCGUCGUUUUUGUUGUAGUUUUUUUUCUUUCAUUCCAAAGUAUGACAUGACGCUGAACUUUUUUAUGUUUAAUAUUAACCAUGCUGAAACACACUACAGCGUAACUAUUUUACAUUUUUGACUCUGGGGCAUUUUUUAAAAAUAAAGUUUAAUGGUAAAAA